GGAGUUUGGGAUUAGUAGAUGCAAACUAUUUUGUAUAGCAUGGAUAAACAACAAGGUCCUACUGUAUAGCACAGGGAACGAUAUUCAAUUUCCUGUGAUAAACCAUAAUGGAAAAGACUGAAAAAGAAUGUAUAUAUACGUGUAACUGAGUCCCUUUGCUGUACAGCAGAAAUUAACAACAUUGUAAAUAAACUAUACUUGAAUAGAAUUAAAAAAAUAAAGCAUGAUUUUAAAAAAUAUAUGCAGAUCCUAGCACACAUGGAUUGUGCCUUUUUCUCUUCACAAGGGAAGGGUAGUAGGGCCAUUUUACACGCAAAGAACCUGAAGUUCAAUGGUUAGGUAACUUAUACAGAGCUGAGUUACCCUGCUCUGUCUACUUCAAAGCGCUGGUUUUCUGGUGUGUUCAAAACAUACUGGCUGACUUAGUACAGCAAACAAGAUGAGGUUUUCCAGGCUACAUCCUUCACUGUUGGGAAGAUGCCGGCCUUAUUGCAUGGGAUUUGCAAACCCAUGUGAACAACAAAUAUUUCCUGUGGCAGUGGUGUGUGACAGCAUCUCUUUACAACCCAGCGUUCAGGGAUGGAGAGCUUGUGGGAGGUACCACAGGAAUCUGCAGCACUAUAGGUCAGGGCUUUUUCUGUUUCUCUUUUAGAGUUGAGCUGGUUAACCAGCACACCAGUGCCUGUAGGCUUCAGUGAUUAAACUACAUGUCCAACUGUAUUUAAAUGUUUGUAGACAGUGUUGUGAUGAGUGAAUUAGAAGAAAGGCAUUUAAUAGAUUACAUCAUUUUAGUUAACCCAUACCAAAAAUACAACUAUUGUGGCCUUCCUGUGAAAUAUUUUCUCCAGGUUUUGCUGUGGGUCUUGCGUUCACAUUUCAUAAAGUUUUUGUUUUUGUUUUUUUUUUAAAUAGGAUAUCAUAUAUAUGCCGUUUCUGUAACCUUUAUUUUCUCAUAGCCAUACCUCUAAAAUGUUUUGAUGCUAAUGGUAUUGGAGGUAAGCUAUGGCUUGGAGGUUGAGAGCAUGGAUUCUGGGUUCACAUCAGCCUUUGUCUAUGUAUUAAUCGGGCAAGUUACUUAACCUCUGUGCCUCAGUUUUUGUACCUGUAAUAUGAGGAUAAUAAUGCUUUGUUCAAGUUGUUGGGAAGAUUGAGUGAUUCCAUGUAAAGUACUUAAAACAGUGGUUUUGCAGGUGGUAUCGAUUGUAUGAGUGCAAUUAUUAUUAACAUAGGUCCUUGACUCCACCUGGGAUGCUGAGGCAAAGUGUAGGGCUCUGGGGCGGCCUGGCAGUAGAGCACUGCAGGGAGGGAGGAAGAGAGUUGGAGGGGCAGGGCUGGCCUGGGACACUCCUCACCCAGCCCCUCUGCCCUAUGUGUUCUCUCCCCAGGCUGCUGCCCUGUUGGCAGAUUACCUCCCAGACCUCCCUUGCCCUGAGCGGUGAGCUGAUUAGGAUGGUGGCCCGGGAAGCUUCUGAGUCUGCCCAGUGCCUGUGCCCUUCCCUGGCCAGCCUGAAUGCCAAGGAUGUGCUUCGGAGGAAACACAAGAGGAAGAGCCGACAGCACCAACGGUUUAUGGCCCGGAAGGCCUUGCUGCAGGAGUAUGGGUUGCAGAACACACCCCCGGAGCCAGGAUCCUCCCCAGGCACCGAAGCCGCCAGCAGUGUGAGGCAGCGUCCAAGGGCUGAAUCUGGAGGUGCCCAAGGCAGCAGAAAGCCCACCCCCAGAGAAUCUACUGGGCCCUUGCCCAGCAAGUGCGUGGCUAUCGACUGUGAGAUGGUGGGCACGGGACCGCGAGGGCGGGUGAGUGAGCUGGCCCGCUGCUCCGUGGUGAGUUACCACGGCGAGGUCCUCUACGACAAGUACAUCCAGCCUGAGAUGCCCAUCGUGGACUACCGCACUCGCUGGAGCGGCAUCACCAGGCAGCACAUGCGCAAGGCCAUCCCCUUCCAGGUGGCCCAGAAAGAGAUCCUCAAGCUCCUGAAGGGCAAGGUGUUGGUGGGGCACGCCCUGCACAAUGACUUCCAGGCCCUCAAGUACAUCCACCCUCGGGGCCAGACCCGGGACACCACUUAUGUCCCCAGCCUCCUCAGCCAGCCCAGCCUCCACGCCCGGACCCGUGUCUCUCUUAAGGACCUGGCCCUGCAGCUGCUGCACAAGAAAAUCCAGGUGGGCCAGCACGGGCACUCAUCGGUGGAAGACGCCGUGACGGCCAUGGAGCUCUACCGGCUGGUGGAGGUGAAGUGGGAACAGCAGGAGGCCAGCAGCCUCCAACCCCACCCUGAGGACAGAGAGCCCGACAGCAGCACAGACAUGGAGCAGUAUAUGGAGGACCAGUACUGGCCGGAGGACCUGGCCCAGGGCACCAGCAGAGGAACAGGAGAGGCACCGGGCAGAACGGAGUGAGGGAGGGGAAGCUCCACUGGAGAGCGGGGACCAGGAGAGUGGCUGGGGCCGGAUGCCACCAGUGUCCCCCAGGGCCUAAAGUGUUGGGACCAUCUGCCCACAGCACAGUCCCCGAUUCUGUGGUUUUGCUGAUGGCACUUUAUAGGCACCAUGAAAAUGGCGGGUGGGCUAUAGCUGCUUGAGCCUAGCAGGAGUAGGGGAUGUGCCGGCAGACUCCCCACCCCCAGGCUGUGCUCUCUAAAGGGAUGAUCUCUCCCUCCUUGGGGGUGGGUGGGGUGGGUGUCCCUAUUCAAGAAUUCCCUUGUCUCGCCCCAGUGACCUGGGGUAAAGCUCUCUUCCUGUUGUCACCAUCUACCUCUUCCUCUACAGUCAUUUUCAGGAGAAUAACUACGCCCUGAAGCUACAGAGUUAAGGCCACUCAAGGGUCAUUUUGUCCCUUUCUCUCAGAACUGGAACCCUGGCUGUAGCCAUCGUAGGAGCUGCCAGGCUACAAUGGAAUAGCAGAGACCUCAGCUCGUGGGGAGCUGGGUCUUCACUUGCUCGCCACCAGAACUCACCAGGCACUAUUCUGGGAGGAGGGAAGGCAGAUGAGCUUUGGGUGGAGACUCGCAUAUGUAUUUUGACCCAAGUCAGGCAUUCCUCCUGCCCACCCAGCGCUAGGCUCUCUUAAGCAAAAGUCUGAGAAACAAGACAGCGGUUUGAAUUCUGGGACCCCUGUGCAGAAUUGCCCACAGGGAUCUUUAUUUAUUGAGAGCAAGGCCACGGGUCUGUAGGGGGGCAGAGGGCGGGUCCACUGGGGCCGGGCCGGGCAUUGACAGCUGUGCAGCUGUUGCACUCGGGUGGGUGUCCCCAAUCACUGGUGGUUGGGUUUUCUCCAGAUUUCUAAAAAUGUUCUGUGUCAGGAUUCAUCUCCUACCCCUCUUUCCUUGUUUCCUAAGGGGCAGUUUGGGGGUAUUGGGGUAACCCGGAGCUCAGGUCACACAGAACCUUUGAGCCCCAUCUUUGUUCACUACUCAAUAGCUUUGAGACUCAGGCAAGUGUGUGACUUCACUCUUGAGUCUGUUCCCUCAUCUGUAAAAUGGGGAUAAUAACACCACCUACCUCACAGGUUGUUAGGAGGAUGAAGUGCUGAGUGCUUGGCGCAGUGCCUGGCGCCUAGUAAGCUGGACCGGCUGUGUUUUCUUUAAGGAUCAGUGUUGGGCUUUCCGGGUAACACCUGAACACGCCCUCAGGUUGAGUGGCUUUGACCCAGACAGGACUGUCCUCGUGGCUGUUCCAGCAGGUGGGGCACAGGCUGCUGAGGACAACUCAGAGGUUCCGGGCUCUCACCGUUCCCCGUGAUGCUUGGAUUUCACGUCAGUCUGAGCAAAGCAGCAGGGCCAGGAAGGGAGAGACACUGAAACCACGCAACUGCAAAAGCAGGGCCGCAGAUUGCUCUGGGAGCUGGCUGAGUCACUGACCAUGCCUCGCCUGGCUCCAGGACUUUGUUCUAGGUUCCUUAAACAUCUGUAGCUGACGCCACACUCACAGUUGAGAAGUAGCUUUGGUUCUUUGGUCUGUGGGUUGAGGAAGGAUGGAACUGCUAGCAGUGGGGAGAUGUACUGGGUUUAAAAUCAGCUUUGUUGUAAAACCUGGAAAAAAACUCAAUUAGAAAGUGGGUGAAGUGGCCUUUUCUUUGAAUUCUUCAGCUAGGGUGGGAGGGUGGCUUGGGGGAGGGAUGGUGGUGAUGCUGGGGCGCUGAGUCUUGCUGGCUGCUUUGACCUUUGAGGUGGGCGGCUUUCAAGAUGAUGCUUUGGGAUGUAGCAAGAAAAUACUACAGAAUUUAUAAUUUAUUAUUUUUUUCCUUUAUUUUUUUUAACAUCUUUAUUGGAGUAUAAUUGCUUUACAAUGGUGUGUUAGUUUCUGCUUUAUAACAAAGUGAAUCAGCUAUACAUAUACAUAUAUCCCCAUAUCUCCUUCCUCUUGCGUCUCCCUGCCACCCUCCCUAUCCCACCCCUCUAGGUGGUCACAAAGCACGGAGCUGAUCUCCCUGUGCUAUGUGGCUGCUUCCCACUAUAGUUUAUUUUUGAAAAUCUUAUAACUGCCCUAGUAUAGAGCACAAGUUUAUUAAACUUCUUUCUCUUUGAAGGUACAUACUCACUUUUUUUAUUUUUAAAAACUUUUUUUAGUUUUAAAUAUAAAAUACACAAUAUAAAAUUUACCAUCUUAGCCAUUUUUAAGGGUAGAGUUAAGUAGUGUUAAAUAUAUUCACAAUGUUGUGCAACCUGCCUCCAGAACUGUAUUAUUUUGCAAAACUGAAACUCUAUACUCAUUAAACAAUAGCUCCUCAUUCCCUCCUUCUUCCAACGGCAACUACCGUUCUUUCUGUUUUUAUGAAUUUGAUUAGGUACCUCAUGUAAGUGGAAUCCUACAGUAUUUGCCUUUUUGUGUCUGGCUUAUUUCACUUAACAUAAUGUCCUCAGAGUUUGUCCCCGAGGUUGUAGUAUGUGUCAGAAUUUCCUUCCAUUUUAAGGCUAAAUAAUAAUUCAUUUGUAUGUAUAUGACACCUUUUGUUCAUUCAUCCAUCCAUACAUCAACAGACAUUUGGGUUACUUCUCCCUCUUGGUUAUUGUGAGUAAUGCUGCUAUGUCUCUCCAGGACCCUGCUUUCAAUUCUUUUGGGUAUACAUCCAGAAGUGGGAUUGCUGGACCAUGGUAAUUGUGUUUGUUUAUUUAUUUAUUUUUGGCCGCACCGUGGCUUGCAGGAUCUUAGUUUCCCCCGACCAGGGAUUGAACUCCGGCCCACAACAGUGAAAGCUCAAGUCCUAACCACUGGACUGCCAGGGAAUUCCCUGUGUUUCAUUUUUUUGAGGAAUCUCUAUACUGUUUUACACAGUGGCUGCACCAUUUUACAUUCCCACCAACAGUGCACAAAGGUUCUAAUUUCUCCAUAUCCUCACCGACACUUGUUAUUUGUGGUCUUUUUGAUAAUAGUCAUCCUGACAGGUGUGAGGUGAUAUACCUCAUUGUGGUUUUGAUUUGCAUUUCCCUGAUGAUUAGUAAUCAUCUUUUUCACAUAUUUAUCUUUUUCACAUAUUUAUUGCUAUAUAGUUUAUUUUUAACACAUUCUUUUUUAUGUUUUAAAAAAUGUAUCCCAGGGCUUCCCUGGUGGCUCAGUGGUUGAGAGUCCGCCUGCCGAUGCAGGGGACACGGGUUCGUGCCCCGGUCCAGGAGGAUCCCGCGUGCCGCGGAGCGGCUGGGCCCGUGAGCCAUGGCCGCUGAGCCUGUGCGUCCGGAGCCUGUGCUCCGCGACGGGAGAGGCCACAACAGUGAGAGGCCCGCGUAUCGCAAAAAAAAAAAAAAAAAUGUAUCCCAGGGACUUCCCUGGUGGUCCAGUGGUUAAGAAUCCUCCUUCCAAUGCAGGGGACACGGGUUCAAUCCCUGGUUGGGGAACUAAGAUCCCACAUGCCGCAGGGCAACUAAGCCCACGCGCUGCCACUACUGAGCCCGCACACCUCAUCUAAGAUCCCGUGUGCUGCAACUAAGACCCGACACAGCCACAAAAACAAAACAAAACAAAACAAAACAGUAUUCCAUAGCACAGUUUGACAUGUUUUAAGUUGAACCAUAUUAAAUUGCCGAUAUUUGACUGAGGUGUUUCCAUCUGUGGUAUAUAAUUUAGAAAUUCACAUACACAUUUUAGGGGUACGUGACCAGCUGAGGUUGGAGACAGUUGAGCUGGAUUUCAAAGGGCAGGUUGCCUGUAGGGAGAGGUAUCUGACCCACCGUUAUGAUUCAUCCACUCGGCCUGUGUCCUAUGCUGGGGGUUCAGAGAAGGCCAUACAGUGGCAGCCUUUAACCUGCUACAGGCACUGCAGGUGGGCCAACUGGCAGGAUGCGUGUCUUGUAAGGCUGAGAGGUUUGCCCUGAAUGACUCACUUUCCCCCUUACCCAAGGAAAUUUGUGGAUUGGUCUGGCCAAUGAGUGACACCAGUUAAACCUGGGAAGCAUCCCCACUAGGAAAUCCCCAUCCCAUCCCCCUGGCUGGGGUCAGGGAUUCCUCUCCUAGGCUGUUACUCGCCAAUGUUUGUGUCCAACCUCAGAGCGCACAAUACAUUUGAAAAAAUUCAGUGUGAUCCAGGCAGGGUUCCAGGUGCAAGUGGGAGGGGGAACAGUAAGUGAACAAGUCCAAUAUGUGGUAUCUCAGAUGGCAUCAAUUCUUAUAGAAGAAACCUGGGAAGGGGAUGAGGGUGUAGAUUUAAAUAGAGGCCAAGAAAGGCCUUGGUGGGAGACCUGAGGGAAAGGGAGAAAACUGGAUAGAUAACCUGGAGGAAGAGCUUUCCAGACUGGCACAGCAAAUGCCCAGGCUCUGGGGACAGAGAAGAAGCCAGUGUGCAGGAAGGAGGUGAGAAGGGGGUGCUAAUUGAAGGUGUGGGACAGGGGCUGACCUUGUAGCACGGCUGUACAUCUCCUUGACCUGAAGGUGCAGACCUGAUUAUACCCCUGCUAACCCUAGGGCUUAGCACGUGAUAAAUGAAUUAUGGAAUGACUGAUCUCUUCUGAAGGAGUCAACAUGUGAACACACGGAAGGCCAUCAAUUUAGGUCAAAACCUAAAAAAGAGUCUUAGAUUGGAUAGUGGUGCAAGAUGAGAUUGGAAAGGCAGGUGGGACAGAUGUAAGAGGGUCUUGGGGACUGCGUGGGAGUUGAGGUUUAUUUUUUUUUGGACAGCAGGAAAUCACUAGGUUCUUGAGCAAAGUGCCAUGACAGUGUAAGAGAUUCGAUUUUGGAGAACUUAAAUCUGGUAAGAUUUGAAGGAUAAUUUAGAGCAGGGCGUGAAGAUGGAGGUAGGGCAGGUGAGGACUGGGGUAGGGUGUGGGUAGAAAAGGAGAAAUGCAGAGAAGACUGGAAGAUGCAGGUUUGGAGUUGACCACGGAGCAGGUUUAGGACCCGUGGGGAAAAGAAUCGCAGGGGUGAGUACGUGUUCUGCCUGAGUCCUGAGGUGGCCAGUGGAAGAGAGGGGGUGAGGCCUGUAGUGGGGAUGUUGAUGUGGGCCGAUCACCAGAGGGUGCAUGGGGUCCUACGGGGACUGUAGAAACAGAAACCUCCAAUUGGAUCUUUAGGGGGUUACCUUUUCAAUGCAUGUUCAUUUAAAGUAAGGGGAAUUUUGCUUCAUCUCCCCCUAAAUCAGGGUGACAAUCCUUUAUGCAUUUGAGAAACAAAAAAUUCCCAGACAGCCUGAAUUCAAGAAAAAGUAGCUCAUUCAGAACGGGAACCCCAAAUAACCUCUUCUAACUCAACUUCCCACCAGUUGAGCGACAAACAGGAACAAUGACUUAUCCUUUAAACGUAUGUCAGUAUCUGGUUUUCUUUUUGAGGUCUGUUAAAUGAAGCUGGAUGUCACUUGGUGAAAACACUGAGAACCUGGGGAAAUUCCUUUCCAAGCCACAAAUCUUUGUGACAACGGGGGGCUGUCAGAUUCAGCUCCACAGCUCAAAGCUUGUUCCAUAUGGAUCUGGGGUAGGAGGCAAGAUGGGAGCGCUCAACUCACCACAGUAUAUAAUGGACAAUUUCCUCAUUAAAGCUGAUUCUAUUUUUGCCCCGGAUGUAACUCAUUCAUUUAUUCAAUAAAUGUUGAGUGCUCCCUA